CCGUAAGCUGCCCAAAUGGCGAGGCCGGCCCUUGGUCCUCACCUGAUGCAGUCACUCUUCGCCAUUACUGCAGAGCAACGGGCCUGCGCCUGCCCACUUCCUCACUUCUCCUGUGUCAUCCUCCAGGGCAUCUGGUCGGCAGCCCUGGAUGGAGACCUGGCCCGAGUGAAGUCUUUCAUCCAGAAGGCCAUGGACCCCAGCCAGCCAGACUCAGCUGGCUACACCGCCCUGCACUAUGCCAGCCGCAACGGCCACUAUGCUGUGUGCCAGUUCCUGUUGGAGAGUGGGGCCAAGUGUGAUGCCCAGACCCAUGGGGGCGCCACAGCUCUGCACCGUGCCAGCUACUGCGGCCACACAGAGAUUGCACGGCUGCUGCUGUCACACGGCUCUGACCCUCAGCUGGUAGAUGACGACGGCAUGACCAGUCUGCAUAAGUCUGCUGUCAAGGUCAGAGCCACAGCGAUCGCUUCAUUGAGUGUCCUGACCAGAGAUACCCACAUGGUCAGCAGUCCAGGAGAACAGAGAAUACACUGGGAAAAUGGGCUUCCCUCCCACCCCAACUGCCUUCUAGUGGGCAUCUAUAAGAGGGCUGCUGAGAGGGGACAUGGGGACAUCUGCUCCCUGCUGCUGCAGCACAGCCCGGCCCUGAAGGCCAUCCGGGACCGGAAGGCGCGGCUCGCCUGUGACUUGCUGCCGGACAACACCACCCUGCGGGAUCUGCUGACCAGCUAAGGUGACAGCACCCAGCUGGGGAGCAGAUACCAUGCCACACUGCCCCACUUGCUCGGUGUCCACGCAGGGCGGACAGUGCACCUAGGAGACCCAGGGCCACUUUCGGCCAGGGCAGCAGCCAGGGGGAGGCCAGCAGGGCUGGCAGCAUUUAAGCUGGGACAGACAAUCACAUUUUAAGUUAUUCCUAUGGAAACUUCUCCCCACUUGGAAAAAUAAAGUUAUCUCCUUACCUUACCUCCCUACACACAAA